AUGGUUUCUAGCAAGCGUGUUCUCUUUACUAAAAUUCCCUCUGGUUAUCCUGUUGCUGGUGAACACAUGAAGUUGGAUGAGAAGACUGUUGACUUGGAGGCUGCUCUUCCUAAAGGAGAUUUCAUUGUGAAAACCCUUGAAAUUUCUGUUGACCCUUAUAUGAGGGGUCGCAUGCGUGAUGCUUCUAUCCAAUCAUACGCACCUGCUUUUGCAUUAAAUGAACCCAUGACAGGUGACACCAUGUCUGUGGUGGUUAAAUCUAACAAUCCUGAUUACAAGGUGGGUGAUCUCGUGUAUGGCCGUACAGGUCGUGGUUUAUUUGAAGAAUAUGCUCAAGUCAGUGCCGAGUAUGCCAAAGGUGCUUAUGUAGUUCGUAAUGACGCUAAAGAAAAUGGCCUGCCUCUCUCCCAUUACGUCGGUGUUCUUGCUAUGCCAGGUAUGACCGCCUAUUAUGGCCUCAAUGAGAUUGGCAAGCCCAAAAAAGGUGAGACUCUCUAUGUUUCUGCUGCUGCCGGUGCUGUCGGACAACUUGUUGGUCAAUUCGGUAAAGCCAUGGGUUUAUUUGUCGUAGGUUCUGCUGGUAGUGACGAAAAGGUCGAAUAUCUCAAGGAGAUUGGUUUUGAUGAAGCUUUCAACUACAAGCAUGGUGAUAUUGAAGCUAAUUUACGCAAGUACUGUCCCGAUGGUAUUGAUAUUUACUUUGAAGGUGUUGGUGGUAAAAUGCUAGAUGCUGUUUUAGCAGUAGCCAAUAACUUUGCUCGUAUCAUUGCUUGUGGUAUGAUCUCACAAUACAACCUUGAGAAGCCUGAACCCUUAUACAAUAUCAUUAAUGUUGUUACCAAGAGAAUCAAAUUUGAUGGUUUUAUCAUCAUGGAUCAUAUGGAUUACGAAGAAAAGUUCCUCAAGGAAGUGACCCCACUUCUUACUAGCGGCGCUGUAAAGUACAGAACUGACGUAGCUGAAGGUAUCGAAAAGACUCCGGAAGCCUUAAUCAAUGUUCUUCAUGGUAGAAACUUUGGUAAACAAGUCGUUCACGUUGCCGAUCUUUAA